AUGAGUGCCGUAUGGAACUACUUCCGGAAGACCAAUGAUGAAUUUGGAAACUUCAUAGGAAUUUGUACGUUAUGUAAUCGAUCGCUGAAGAUACCGAAAUCCAAGACAACUACCAAUCUUUUGGCUCAUCUUAGAACGAGUCAUGGAGAAGAAUUGGGCAGCUUCACGAGAAAGAGAUUCGAAGCUGGAAGCAGUGGCGCUGCCAGCGCUGACGAUCCUCGUAUGACCGUACACAAGACGCUGGCACGACUCGUGAUCGAAGGGGCAUUGCCGCUUGAAACGAGUACGCUGAAACCGUUCCGUGAUUUUUGUUCUACACUAAAUCCAUCUUAUCAUCCGCCUUCGCUGAGAAUGCUCCGGACGAUUCUGGAUGAGGAAGGCUGCAGAGUGGAGUUGACCAACCGAACAAUGCUUGCUGAUCUUUCGUCAACAGUAGCAAUGACUUUGGAUUUCCAUAACACAUUCAAACAACAUACUGGACUCCUACUUAUUGGUGCACAAGUGCUGUCUCGGACCUCGUUGGAACGGCGAAAUCUAAUUUUAGACUGUACACCGAUAGAUCUGCAAAGUUUUUCUGGAUACACAGUUUCUGAAGCCGUUGUGAACUGUUUGAGAAAACUAGAUGUGGAUGCGUCUCGCAUAGGGACGAUGGUAGCAAAGGAGACACAACCGCUGCAGGAGGCAGCUCUCUAUCUUCGUACGACAUUUGUCCCUUGUGCAGCACAAAGUAUUAGCCUUGUCGCAGGCGAUACGCUCCAAACAGAGCCAGCUGCCGCAACAAUAGAGAGAGUUCGUCGAUUAGUGUCGGAGUUUCAACGUAAUAGAAACGCAAAAAUGCACUUGAAGAGUCGUUUGCGAGAGUUUAAGCUGCCGGAAGUCAGCCCUUGCGCCGAUUGUUCUAAUAGAUGGAUUACGACCUACAACAUGAUCUGCGACGUCUUAGUAACGAUGCCAGCAUUUAAUGAGAUAACGCAGAAGUUAAAUUUGCCAUCGCUUGAAGCAAAAGAUGUGCAAUUCAUAGAGGCUCUGAGAUCUUUUCUGGAACCAUUUUAUUCGCUUGUCAAACAGGUCUGCGCACGAGACUCUACGGCUUCUGUGUACCUCGCAGUUGCACGAAUACUGAUCACUACAACAGAAAAGCGCCUUGUUCAGUUGAACGACGAAGCUCAUCGAUUUGGUCAGCUAUUGCUUGAAAACACAAUGAAAUACUUCAACCCAUGGUUAGGUGACGAAUUUCUGCAAAUGGCCGCUUUUCUUGAUCCACGAUUCGCAUAUCUCGAAACAGUGCAGCCGAUGAAAAGUUGGACUGCUAUCAUGGACAGAUUUAUCACUCACCAUAACAGAAUUCAUCCGCCCAGGGAACGCGAAGCUCAAAGUUCAAACGAUGGCGUUUGGCAGCAACAAUCUCAGAAUCAAUCUACAUCCGUUUGGGAGAUUCUUCGGGAGAACCAGGAAGACCCGAAUUUGAGAAAUGCAAAUUCUUGGAGUCAUGGUGAUGAGCUGAGAGUAGGAAUACUGAGAACGUCUCGACCAGCGUUUAACACCGAUCCUAUCCACUGGUGGAGGGCUUACAUGAACGAGUUUCCUAUACUAGCACAAGCUGCUUUUACUCAUUUAACAACCCCUGCAACGUCUGUAGAUUGCCAACGAUUGUUGAGUUUGGUAUCUGAAUCAACUGCAUGUAGAGAUUCCGGGAACAAGAUAAAGAGAACCGAUCGCUUAUUGCUAAUGCUUAAAGCGCAUUUGCACAAGGACGUGAGCAGAGAAUGCAAAGCAUGGUCAAACAACGAACUACACCGAUAUGGUUAUUGCGAGUCGGCUGGAGAUGAAUUCGAUGUGGAAGAGGAUCCUGCAUGGACAGCGUUUAAAUCGGACGAGGAGAAAACCAUUGCUGAUGUGGUCGAACCGUUGUUGUCAUUUGUGGAAGAGGAUGACUUUGACAAUAUGAAGAAUAGAUAA